CAACCACCACGAGCUUGCGCCCUGUGCAGAAACAGAGAAGGAGAUAAGUCGUGGUGUAUCAGUAGAGGCGGAGAGACGGGUGGCAGUAAGGACGCAAGAGGACUGUCAAUUUCACGCGACACAGCGGCGAUAUUCCUCUCAAGAUGCUGAGCGCAGUGCUGUUGUGUGUGUGUGCGUUCGCAUGCGGACAGGUCAUCGGAACGGCUGCACGUCCAGACAAUGGCAAUUUUCUGGAUGACAAAUGGCUCGGCGGGAGAUGGGAUAAAUUCCGAGACGAAGUUGAGGAACCUGGUACCUGGAAUCCUGGAAAGCCAAUGGAUCAAGCUCUUGAUCCUGCCAAAGACCCGUGCCAAAAAAUCAAAUGUGGCCGACACAAAGUGUGUGUCACUGAAGAUUACAACACCCCCACCUGUGUGAGCCAGAGGCGCAUGAGUUUUAAAGACAUCAGCUUGGCUCAGAGUCCUGGUGGGAAAUGUAAGAGAUGUCCAGUGGUCCGACCCACACCUGUGUGUGGGACAGAUGGACACACUUACUCCUCAAAGUGUAAACUGGAGUACCAGGCCUGUAUCUCUGGGAAAGAAAUUGUUGUAAAAUGCCUAGAACAAUGCCCCUGUCCUUCUCCGAGUUCACCGAGUCAUCUGGAGAAUAAAGACUGCAGUACUACUGAGACGGCCCAGGUUGUCAGCAGACUGAGAGACUGGUUCAAAGUUCUUCAUGAAAAUGGGAGCAGCAAGAAGCUAACGUUUCAGCGCCCAGACAAAAGCAGCUUUGACUCCAGUGCUUCCCUUUGUAGAGACUCUGUGGGCUGGAUGUUCACAAGAUUGGAUACAAACUUUGACCUUUCCCUGGACCAAUCAGAGCUGGUGUCUCUGGCCCAGGAUAAUAAUGACCAAUGCACUGCUGUCUUCCUCAAGUCCUGUGACAGCUCCAGCGAUGGAAGUCUGUCCAGCAGGGAGUGGUGCUCCUGCUUCCAGAGACAACAGGGCUCCCCUUGUCUUGCAGAGCUCAACAACAUCAACAACAAGCAAGGUGGCAAAAGACUGCUGGGUCAGUUUUUGCCAGUGUGUGACCAACAUGGCUUCUACAAAACUCACCAAUGCCAUGGCAGUAGUGGGCAGUGUUGGUGUGUUGAUCGCCAUGGAAACGAACUGGCAGGCUCCCGCACACACGGACCGGCCAGCUGCGGUCCAGUUCCAGAAGCCUCUGGUGACUUUGGCAGUGGUGAUGCUCAGAUGCAGUCAGAUGAUGAGGAUUCCGACUACCUGAAUGAUGAAGAGCUGUAUGAUGAUGAAGAUGAGGAGGAGGAUGAUGGCACUGAAUAUGACUGAUACCUCUCAUAAAAGAAGACAAAAACUCAACAGAAACAACAACAACAAACAAACAAGAAACAUUUUAAAACUCAUCUUCGGUGCACGUUGCUAGGUGACAACCCCCCUGUGAGAACAUACUUACCAUACUAACUAUGACAAGUGAUCUCUUGACUCUUUCCUCUGCAUUGUUUGUACUUUUGAAUGAUUCCCCGUUUUUCCGCUGCGUGCGUUUGAGUUGAGCUGUCUGCUGGAUGAGGAGGGUGACUGAAGCCUGCGCCUGCCUAACCCCCCCCAACAGCCAGCUGAGGCACAGAUUAUGUGCAGUUCACCUGUCCUUACAACACACACACACACACACACACACACACACACAUACACACACAUACACAUACACACAUUUACGCACGCACACACAUGCAUGAACACACACACACACACACACAAACAUAUGACAUACACAUGUCAUACGUUGGCUGUGCUCUUUUGUUUCUUGUGGUAUGUGGGUGUUGACCGUGUGUAGAAUAUUGCACUUUCUCAUUUCUUUCAUCCAGAGUUGCCAACAAAAAGGUUAGCUGUGCUACUUCAUAGGCUGGUAGGUUGUCUAGGGAGCGUAGAGUUUAAUGUUAUCACAAUUGUUUAUAGAGGAGUUCCUGCUACUAAGGUAUAGGGGACAGACAAGAGCUGUAGGGAAAUAAGAUUAUGGUUCCAAAAAUAGCUGAUACAUAUGACACUUAAGAAGUUAAGAGGCUAUUUUUCUAUGGCAUUUGUUUUACAUGCGUGAACAUUUUCUUUCUGAAGGAACAUCUUACGGAUUCCACAAAGGUUGGUUUAAUGCCAAUGACGAAACCUAGUCAACAUAACAAUUUUACUCAAGUAAAGAAUUCUAAUCUGCAUAUAGAAACUAUUUAAACACACAAAUACACACUCACAAUACUGUCAUUAUAUUCUCAUCGUCAUACCUGUUAGACACUGAGUGCUAGAGUGAGGUGCCUUUGAUUGCUUUAGUGACAGAGAGAGAAGCAAGCAGACUGAAACCGUUUUAUUUGGCUUUGGUAGACAUAAAGGCUGUAGUCCUGUAGGAAGCAGUUCAAAUACCUUAACACUUUAUUGCUGGGUUUGACUGUGGUCAUGACUGAGUGAGUGGGACUGUCUGUGUGUAGCUAUACACUAGAUUGUGUGUGUGAGUGUAUUCAUAUAUAUCAGUGUGUUCUAUAUGAAGUAUGCAAUUAAUCCACAUUGAACUGUACUGUAGCAGUUAGCGGUAAGACUUCUAAAAAGAUGUGUCUGUUUAUUUUUGUAUCUGUUGGUUUAGAGUCAUGUUUUUGUUUUCAAUUGGAACAUGUAUCCACUGGUAAAAUAACAUGUUAGGCCUGUGCCAUUGUUCUGGUGUUUGGCUGGUGAGGCCUGUCUCCGCCCACUGGUCGGCCUACCUGUGACUCGUGUUCUGACCUCACUGUUUCUCACCCCUCCAUCUCAACAAGGACCAUCACUCUCUUCUCUGUCUCUUUUAGACAUAUAGGCUUUUUUUACAGUUGUAUGUAUGAUUUCCUGAAAUAAACAAUAUUGACCAAAUGUGAA